CUUCAAUAGAGACAUAACCAACAAGCAUAAUCACUCAUACGUAUAUAGAAUCGAUAGAGACCAACCAAGACAUUGUCGCGAUGCCCUCUCAUCACCCACGUUCUUAGUCACAGCUGAGUGGGGCGCGUUGAUAACGGGAUUCUUCGAGCUUCCCCGCUUAUCAGCAACCUCCUGUCUUCCCCAGACGAUAUAUCUGGAAGCAUUGUUCUCCCAUCGUAUAUGAUAUUUGCAAUUGGAAGAGUCAAAGCAUAUCAUUGAUUAUAUAAAAGAUGUCCAAGACAGCGAGAAUCCCCAUCCGCACCCAAAAGGCCCCUCUUCCCCCGCCGUUCCUCUCCCAGGGCAUCGUUGUCGGCGAUAUGGUUUAUUGCUCUGGACAGGUGGGUGUGAAUCCUGCUACGGGGAAGAUGGUUGAGGGAUCAGUCCAAGAGAGGACAAAACAAAUCCUUCAUAACUUAGAUGCGGUGCUCGAAGCCGGCGGUUCUAGUCUGCAGGAUGCUGUGAAAGUGAACAUAUUCCUUGCUGAUAUGAAUGACUUCGCUGCGGUCAAUGAGGUUUAUAGUUCGUUUUUCGCGGAUCCGAAGCCGGCCCGGACAUGCGUUGCAGUCAAGACUCUACCACUGGGAACUGACGUGGAAAUUGAGUGUUCUGGGGUGGUGAGUGUGCCGAGUCGUGCUUCUCGUCUAUGAGCCCAUGCAGGCUCCUGGAUAUAGCUGGGGGGUGGUGAGUCUGUGAAGGGACAAAUGCGGAGAUAUGUAUUGAAAUGUGCUUAUGUGCAAUACACUGCAUCUCGGCCGAAUGCAACGGUUAGACUUAGACCAGAUAGACUGGUAUAUCUGCA